UCUUUGUUUUUUACUUUUCCUUUUUUCGUGGGGGUUCAGUCUUGGAUUGGUGCUUUGGUGGGCUGAGUGGAAAUGGCCGAUAACACGGACGAUAUCGCGGAGGAAAUCUCGUUUCAGAGCUUUGAUGAUGACUGUAGAUUGCUCGGCAAUAUGCUCAACGACGUCUUGCAGCGAGAAGUUGGAACUACGUUCAUGGAGAAACUGGAGAAAAUCCGAGUUCUUGCUCAGAGUGCUUGUAAUAUGAGGCAGGCAGGGAUUGAGGACAUGGCCGAGCUGGUCGAGAAGCAGUUGGCUUCAGAGCUAUCGGAGAUGACAUUAGAAGAAGCUCUGACUCUUGCUCGUGCCUUCAGUCAUCAUCUUACUUUGACAGGCAUAGCUGAAACCCAUCACAGGGUUCGUAAAGGACGGGAUGUGGCAUAUUUAUCAAAAUCUUGUGAUGACACAUUUAACCAGCUGCUGCAGAGUGGAGUUUCCCCAGACGAGCUUUAUAACACAGUCUGCAAGCAGGAGGUUGAAAUUGUUCUUACAGCCCAUCCCACACAAAUCAAUCGCCGUACUUUACAAUACAAACACAUCAGAAUUUCUCAUCUUUUGGAUCUUAAUGAUCGACCUGAUCUUAGUUUUGAAGAUCGAGAAAUGGUGAUUGAAGAUCUGGUGAGAGAGAUAACUUCAAUAUGGCAGACAGAUGAGCUUAGGCGCGAAAAACCCACACCGGCUGAUGAGGCUAGGGCUGGUUUGAAUAUCGUGGAGCAGUCACUGUGGAAAGCAGUCCCUCAUUAUUUACGUCGAGUCAGCAAUGCUUUAAAGAAGCAUACAGGAAAAUCACUUCCAUUAACUUGUACUCCUAUAAAGUUUGGAUCUUGGAUGGGGGGUGAUAGAGAUGGAAACCCAAACGUGACAGCAAAGGUCACAAAAGAUGUUGCACUUUUAUCAAAAUGGAUGGUGAUUGACCUCUAUUUUCGUGAAGUUGAUAACCUUAGAUUUGAGCUGUCUAUGAAUCGGUGCAGUGAUGAUUUGUCAAGGCUGGCGCAUACAAUUCUGGAAGAAGAAGCUCUCUCUGAGGAUAGCCACGAGAAUUGGAAUCAAUCUAUGAAUAGAAGUCAACCCAAACAUUAUGGUCAACAAGCUCCACUUCCAACACAACUUCCAGCUAAAGCUCAUUUACCCUCUUGUGCUGAAAAUGGUGAAUCUCAGUAUCCUAGACUGGAUAUUCCAGGAAAAGAUUACAUGCCGCUGAAUCAUGAGGAUGGUGAUAUUUCUUCUAGUGCAACAUUCAAGAGUGACAAUCAUAACAGUCAUGCAUCAGCAGCAAGUUCAGAAAAUUUGAGCGCUUCUCAAGUGUCUACAAAUCUACGCUCUAGUCAACCACACACCCCAAGGAAAUUUUAUGCUGAUUCCCAAACAGGAAGGUCCAGUUUUCAGAAGCUUUUGGAGCCGAAGCUGCCUCAGCUUCCUGGAAUUGCCCCUUACAGGGUUGUCCUCGGGAAUGUAAAAGAUAAGCUUCUAAAAAGUCGUAGACGGUUGGAGCUUCUUCUUGAGGAUAAUCCAUGUGAUUAUGAUCCUUCAAGUUAUUAUGAAACAACCGACCAACUUUUGGAACCUUUGCUCCUCUGUUAUGAAUCUCUGCAAUCAUGUGGAUCUGGGGUGUUAGCUGAUGGUCGACUUGCUGACCUGAUCCGAAGAGUUGCUACCUUUGGAAUGAUGUUGAUGAAGCUUGACCUGCGUCAGGAAUCCGGUAGACAUGCUGAGACACUUGAUGCAAUUACCAAAUAUUUGGAUAUGGGAACUUAUAGUGAAUGGGAUGAAGAAAAGAAACUGGACUUCUUAACUCGAGAACUGAAAGGGAAGAGGCCACUUGUUCCUCCCAGUAUAGAAGUUCCUCCUGAUGUUAGAGAAGUCUUGGAUACCUUCAGAAUUGCAGCCGAGCUAGGGAGUGAUUCACUUGGAGCCUAUGUGAUUUCAAUGGCUUCAAAUGCGAGUGACGUUCUUGCAGUAGAGCUUUUACAGAAAGAUGCACGGCUUACUGUUAGUGGGGAGUUGGGAAAAGCAUGUCCUGGUGGAACACUGCGGGUUGUUCCUCUAUUUGAAACUGUGAAGGAUCUGAGAGGAGCUGGUUCAAUUAUUCGAAAACUUUUAUCAAUUGAUUGGUAUCGUGAACACAUUAUCAAGAAUCAUAAUGGCCAUCAAGAGGUCAUGGUUGGGUAUUCUGAUUCUGGUAAAGAUGCUGGGCGAUUCACUGCUGCUUGGGAACUUUACAAAGCUCAGGAAGAUGUCGUAGCUGCUUGCAAUGAGUAUGGCAUUAAAGUUACUCUGUUCCAUGGCCGUGGAGGGAGUAUUGGUCGUGGUGGAGGCCCCACAUAUAUGGCUAUUCAGUCCCAGCCACCUGGCUCUGUGAUGGGAACCCUUCGUUCUACUGAGCAGGGAGAGAUGGUACAGAAUAAGUUUGGAUUGCCACAGAUAGCUGUGAGACAGCUUGAGAUAUACACAACAGCUGUACUACUUGCAACCCUUCGUCCACCUCUCCCUCCCCGAGAAGAAAAAUGGCGUAAUCUCUUGGAAGAUAUCUCAAAAGUUAGCUGCCAAUAUUACCGAAAUGUAGUAUAUGGGAAUCCAGAAUUCCUUGCCUACUUCCACGAAGCCACACCUGAAGCAGAGCUUGGCUUCCUUAACAUUGGAAGUCGCCCCACAAGAAGAAAGAGCACAAAAGGAAUUGGACAUCUUCGUGCCAUACCAUGGGUGUUUGCAUGGACUCAAACCAGAUUUGUUCUUCCAGCAUGGCUUGGAGUUGGGGCAGGUUUAAAAGGUGCUUGUGAGGGAGGAUAUACUGAAGAGCUAAAAGCCAUGUACAAAGAGUGGCCUUUCUUUCAAUGUACAUUAGACCUUAUAGAGAUGGUUCUGGGGAAAGCAGACAUUCCUAUAGCCAAGCACUAUGAUGAAGUCCUUGUGUCAGAAAAGAGGCAAGAACUUGGCCGUGAAUUAAGGGAGGAGCUCAAAACAACAGAGAAGUUUGUACUGGUUGUUAGUGGACAUGAGAAACUUCAGGAGAACAAUAGGAGCCUAAGGAGGCUAAUUGAGAAUAGACUUCCCUUUCUAAAUCCCAUGAACAUGUUGCAGGUGGAGAUACUGAAGAGGCUUAGACGUGAUGAUGACAACCAUAAAAUGAGAGAUGCUUUGCUUAUCACCAUAAACGGGAUUGCUGCUGGGAUGAGGAACACUGGUUAACUCAAAAAGAACUUUGAUGUACACUCUCCGUUUGAAAGUCAACUCAACCUAGCAUGUUUAAUGACUGGUUUGAAGUUUUAGUAUACAAAGCAAAUGUAUGUAUAUAAUAUAAAGACGAGAACACGUUUAAGCGUAUAGGGAAAGGAACAAGUUUUUGUUGGGUGUUCUGCUUCUUAUUGCUGAUGUAGUAGAUGAAUGGUGGUGAUGUUGUUUUCCCCA